CCAACUAUGAUGAAUUAUACCAGUGGUCAGUGGAGUCCUACUCAGACUUCUGGGCAGAAUUCUGGAAGUUCAGUAACAUCAUCUGCUCUCGCCUCUACGAUGAGGUGGUGGAUACAGCCAAAAGCAUCGCAGAGAUCCCUGAGUGGUUCAAGGGCAGCCGCCUGAACUAUGCAGAGAAUCUGCUGAAGCACAAGGACAAUGACAAGAUUGCUCUGUAUGCUGCAAGGGAAGGCAAAGAAGAAAUCCUCAAAGUUACUUUUGAAGAACUGAGACAAGCUGUAGCUUUGUAUGCUGCAGCCAUGAGGAAGAUGGGAGUAAAAGUAGGAGACAGAGUUGUGGGUUACUUGCCCAACAGCAUCCACGCAGUGGAGGCCAUGCUGGCAGCUGCGAGCAUCGGUGCCAUCUGGAGCUCCACCUCCCCAGACUUUGGCAUUAACGGUGUACUGGACAGAUUUUCCCAAAUUCAGCCCAAGCUCAUCUUCUCUGUUGAAGCUGUCAUAUACAAUGGCAAAGAGCACAACCACUUGGAGAAGCUGCUGAGGGUGGUAAAAGGGCUUCCAGACCUAAAGAAAGUGGUGGUGAUUCCAUACGUGUCCUCAAGAGAAACCAUAGAUAUUUCUAAGAUUCCAAACAGUGUCUUUUUAGAAGACUUCCUUGCCACUGGGAAAGGAGACCAGGCUCCCCAGCUGGAGUUUGAGCAGCUGCCUUUCAGCCAUCCUCUCUUUAUCAUGUAUUCCUCAGGCACCACAGGGGCACCAAAGUGCAUGGUUCACUCAGCAGGGGGUACCCUCAUCCAGCACCUGAAGGAGCACAUUCUUCAUGGCAACAUGAGCAGCAGUGAUGUGAUUAUGUACUACACAACGACUGGCUGGAUGAUGUGGAACUGGCUGGUGUCUGCCCUUGCUACAGGAGCUUCAGUGGUGCUCUAUGAUGGAUCUCCUCUGGUUCCUUCCCCAAACGUGCUCUGGGACCUGACUGACAGACUGGGGAUCACCAUCCUUGGAACGGGUGCAAAGUGGCUGGCUGUGCUAGAAGAGAAAAAUUUAAAACCAUGUGAAACACACAAUCUGCAAACACUCCACACUAUCCUGUCUACAGGAUCACCUCUCAAAUCUCAAAGCUAUGAGUAUGUCUACAAACACAUAAAAAGCAGUGUCCUCCUGGGAUCCAUUUCAGGUGGAACAGAUAUAAUUUCAUGUUUCAUGGGUCACAAUGUUACAGUUCCUGUUUACAAAGGAGAAAUUCAGGCCAGAAAUCUUGGCAUGGCAGUGGAAGCAUGGAAUGAUGAAGGAAAACCAGUUUGGGGUGAAAGUGGAGAGCUGGUUUGCACCAAGCCCAUUCCCUGCCAGCCCACACACUUCUGGAACGAUGAGAAUGGCAGCAAAUACAGAAAAGCUUAUUUUUCCAAAUUCCCAGGUGUCUGGGCCCAUGGUGAUUACUGCAAAAUUAACCCCAAGACUGGAGGAAUUGUCAUGCUGGGCCGCAGUGAUGGUACAUUAAAUCCAAAUGGAGUAAGAUUUGGAAGUUCUGAAAUCUACAACAUAGCCCGCCACGUCCCCAGCCUCAUCCUGGAAACCAAAGGCAUCCCGUAUACAGUAAAUGGGAAGAAAGUGGAAGUAGCUGUGAAGCAAAUAAUUGCAGGGAAAGAAGUGGAGCAGCGGGGAGCUUUCUCAAACCCAGAGGCUUUGGACCUCUACCAAAAUAUUCCUGAGCUUCAAGACUAUUAAAGUCACUGUUUGGGGUUUGGUUUUAUUUUUGUGUCUUUGUUCUGUAUUUGUUUUGUAUAUACCAAUACUGUAUGUAAAGAAAAAGCUCUAUUUAAUACCAGUGGUUCUUUUAAAAGGAAAAAAUAUUUCAUGAAGUGCAUUAUGAAAGGCUUGGGUAAGCUUAGCUCCCUUUUAUUGGUUAAAUAUGCCAUAUAUUUUGGAGUUUUUUUCCAGCCUGGAAGGAGAAACCUGCCUGUUUUGAUUUUUAUAUAUAUGAGUGCGUCUUUUCUGGUUAGAUUUACAUCAGCAGCCCAUCAAAUGGGAGCACCAAUAGUUGCAGAUAGAAUAUUUCUUUCAUAAAAUAUGUGCUUUUUUUUUUUUUAACUGGAUUUUUAGCAACACUUUUCAAUCCCUGUGUUUGUCCCCUGUAAGGGAGUGCACGGUGAUUUUAAAUUGUAACCCCAUGUCCCUGACCCAUGCAGUGUUCUCAGUGCAGUGUGCAUUAAGGUGUUUUUAUGAAGCCAAACCAUAAUGCACCGAACCCAUUUGACUCAGAAUCAUUUCUUGAGGUAGCUGAUGGUACCUUUGGGGGAAAUUGCUGCUCCAUUUUGUGCUGCAGCCUUCUCAUGGUUUGAGGCUGCUGCCUGACAGAGCUGUGGGGCUCAGAAGGUGCAGGAGCAUUCCCUGCUCCUCAUUCCUGGGCUGUUCCACGUUAUUGCCAUGGAAUUGCUGGCAUCACUGUGGAUUAACAGAAUUACGUUUGAAGACAUUUUGCUUCCUUGCUUGAAGUCCUUUAUUGGCUGAGGAAUUCCAGGGUGUUUCUUUAUUAAAAGCUGAUGGGUUUUGUAACUUUUUUUACUAAAUGUCAUGUUGAGAGUGAGAGACCCCUUUUCUAGGUCUGUAACCCUCCAGUUUACAAAGGGAAAAAUACUGUCAUUAAAAAACUGAGCUUACUGAAACAGGGAAAUGGAAGCACUAAAUGUUUUGUUUAUCAUCAAAUACAGUUGCAGUAGCUGUACCAACCCUCUGGCAUUCAGUGUCUCCUGCACUAUUUGAAUUUUGUGGGUGAAAUAUUAUUGUACUUACAAUUGUGUUGAAUGCAUUCAGCGUUGAUAAAGAGUUAAUUAAAAGGAAUAAAUUCUUUAUAUAUAAUAAUUAUAUAUUA